AUGGCACGUCAUGCCACUUUGCGAGCGGGACUGGUGGUGGCACUGGGCAUGCGGCGGAUCGGCGUGACGGCGGGCGAGGAAUGCGCCGGUGAUGGCCCGAUGCCAAUGUUUCUCCAAAUGGACUUGCGCACGCACAGCUCUGCUCAACGCCAUGAGGACUAUCCAGUCAAUGGUUUGGAUGGUUUAGCGCAGGCCUUGAGCACUCGAAGUUCAGCCAGACGGAGAGGCAUUCGAGUAGAGGUAACAGGUGACCGUCAGGGGUGCUCGACACUGGCGGAGGAGGACAUCGAGCGACCUAUCCUGGAGGUCCUUGCAGAACAUCCUGAUGAGGCCAAAGACUUGAGCUCCUACAAACAGCUCUUAGGCUCAAACUCCGAGUCUUGCCUGCUGCGAGCUCCUAUGACGAUAGUGAUGCCUACGGUGGAAGUGGCGCCUGGCGUGAGCAAUGUGACUCUUGACGGCUCCAUUCACCCCGUGAAUGCAUUGGAAGCAAUGGAUUGCUUUGCAAAUGGCUUUUGGAAAGCUCCCAGUGACGUCAUGAUCAAGAACUUCAGUACGGUGGCAACAUUCUCGUCCCUAUACUGUCCCUACAUGUCGACAGUCGUGCCCAACUAUCAGAAGAUUACGAUGCGAGACUUUCUGAUGGAACAAGCAGCUGAUAGCCAGACUCUGUGCGACUUGCUUCAUCCCGAGCCUGAGGAAAAUGGCGUGCACGCACCUCCGUCCCUGGAAGCCGGUCUAAAGCUGCGUGGUGCAGUGCGCUGCUUGUUGUCGAGCAAUUCGGUAAAUGACAACGGACGGCCCCGUGAUCUGCGACAUGGCAGGCAUCAUAUGGAUCCAGGAUCCAUAUGGUAUAGCAACACCUGUUGCUGGCGAAAGGGGUGGAAGGCGGGAUUCGAGGUGGUGCCACUGGUCCCAGUUGAUGAGGAAACCGGUUUCCAUGAAGGCACGUGGACCGACAGUGGAAAGUGCUGCAAAAAGGCAGUGCUGGGAGCAUUGGCUGUGGCAGUUCUGGGGCUUUUCGGGCUUUGUGUCGGGCAUGUUGCUUACGCCAAGCCGAUUGCCCUGAAUGAGUUGGCUCAGCCGGGAGCUGCGGGCAUCAAGCAGGACGUUGGAACUUUCGGCGAUGACAUCCUGGAAGACGACUGGCCGGUUCUGAAGAAGGAGAUCAAGAGUGAGCAAUACAACCCCGCGGGCUGCUUCGCCAAGUUGAGCUUUGCCUCUGCCUGGAGCGCCUCGCUCGGGUUGAAGUUGAUGGCCGCAACCAAGGAGUGCAACCCACGAAGUUACCGCGAUGAUCCAACGCCCUUCCGUCGGCUACACGAAGUACACCAAGUGCCAGGCUUGCCGCAGGAGGCGGUGCAUUACCCCACAUCUCCAUGGGCGCAGUAUAAGGAAUCGGUUGGCCCGGUCGUGAAAGAUGGUGAGAAAGACACUGACAUCGAUAUCGACGGCCUGGCGGCUGAAUCGGCCUACAACUUGACCGAGGGCCUGUUACGACUGAAGACUCGCUUUGCCUUCGGCAAUCGUUGGACCAUGGAGGGUUGGCACUACAUGAAGGAGCACCACACUGGUUGCGUGUGGGACACCCGGCGCAAUGAGAGUGCUCCAGGCCUCCGGCUGUGCUUCACAGGAAACGGCCUUCUUGCCAUCGAUGUCUUCGCGCCGCACUCGCUUGGGAAAACCUCUUCUGUGAUUGUUUCUGACGUGGCAGCGCCCUUGUCCACAUGGGUUCACUUGGCCGUGCAACGAAGUGGCAAAGAUUUGGAAUUCUUCAUGGACGGAAAACUUGGUGGCAGGGCAGCUGUUCCGGCAGAGCUAACGGAUGAAGUGCUUCCCCAAAGUCGCAUCACGUUGGGUGGCUCGGUGGAUGGAGACCCACAUCGCAAGCUCAAGGGCAUGGUGAGCAACAUGCGCCUUACAAGUGAUGCUCUCUACAACAAGUCUAAACAGUUUGACAUUGAUCCCAAUCUUGACCAGCUGUUGAAGACACGAUUUCUCCUCAAGAGCCAUUUCAUGGAUGCAGUUUCAGGGCGGAGGAUGAGGAAAAGUGGAAAUGUCACCACCAGGUAUGAUGCGGAGAUUCUCAUGGAUACGUGGAAAGCAGAGGGCCUCAUCGACGACGAUCACAACUUCACGCCUCCAAUGAACAUGACGAGGGUAGAAGUGCUGCGUCGUUUGUUUCCUUUCGAAGAUCCCAUCUUUAAGACGGAAUUCUUGGGAGCUUUCUGCGCCAGGGUGGUUCUGCAGAUUCUCAAGGAGAUCACAACUAUCGAGGACCGGUUGAUGGAUGCAGUUCCACUUUGUGAUGAAACGGCCACCAGCCCGCAGUGCUACAAGGCGGUCAGCUAUGCCUUCCGACAAGCUGUCAGCAUUGGCCGGUAUGGGGCGGAGUUACAGCCUCGAUGCGUGCAAACCGUGAAUGAAGACUUCCGCGGGGACUUCAGGUGCAGCGAGCGGCUUGAAGGUCUUUCCUGGGCUUUGGACGGCUUCGCUUCACAAGUUGCGAAGGCCCGUCGCAUUUGCCAUGACAAUGACUUGAGCAGUCCCCUGUUGGACUUAGGAGCCUGUGUCGGCGAGUCCUUAUCAGCCACUGGUUACAUGUUUUCGGCCGCUCUUCUCUUGGAAUCUGCCUUGGGCUUCGAUUGUCCAAAUCCAGAAUUUGAUGAGGAGAGGCCUCUGACCGAGACGCUCCAACUCACUUGCGCGAGAGAUUCGACCGCCAUUUUUCGGACCACUUUCUUGGCAGGUUCAAAGGCAGUCAGGGCCGCAGGCCAUUGCGGCGGCACAGACACCCUCUGUGGUAGAAGCAUCCUUCGCAGUGCUGCUGCCCUCUCUGGGGUGGGAGAAACUGGAGUUUUCUUGCGAGUCUUUUGCCACGGAGCGACCCCUUGCUGCCAAAAGAAUCCUGACACCGACGAAAUCGAGUGCGAAUGCGAACCCAAGGAUAUCAUUGAGAACAAACGAGAUGACAAGGAUGAUCAGAAGCAAUGUGCCAGGUUCGGGGGUUCAACGGUGAAGCUCUUGGGCUCUGCUGCCCUGGCUGCAACUGAGGCAGAAGGCCAAUGCAAAUUCUCCAAGACAGCAGAAAGCACCUGCCAGACCACGGUGCCAGCGGCCAUUGCAGGCCUGGGCUUUUUCAUUGAGAAUGCGGCCAGAGCAAGCAGGGACUGUCCUCCAAGCGCGUUUCCACUCGAUCCUGAGGAGAGAAGGAUAGACGACUUCAUUCUCGGCUGGGCUGACCCCAGAGAUUUCUAUCAGUGUGGUCAGAACACCAAGCGUCUUGGUGUAUCAAUGGACGUCAUCGCUCGGGGCAUCGCAGGUGCAGUUGUGGACUGUCCGUAUGGUAACCUUUCACGUAUCACUAAGCCAGUGAAGUCUGCAAGACGCUUCUUUACCCCGUGAAGACCAAAGCAAGGGAAACGUGCCAAGUGCCGAGCCUUGCCAAUUCGGAAUUCGACCCUGGACCGCAUGGAUUUUCCAAAGAGUAGA